AAAUAUUACAUUAAAAAAUAUAUAACUAUUAAACCAUGCAUGCCUUGCUUGAAUUGGAAAAAAAUUAAAAGUUAAAAAUCGUGUAUAUCUCAAUAAUCUAUAAUAUAAAAAUGAAUCGCAAAAGUGUUGUAAGCGCAUAACUCAACAACGCCUGGACCGAUUUCGCUCAUUCUUUUUUUGUUUGGGUCGUAAUUGCCAGGAGAAGGUUCUUACGGACGAAAAAUUUGAGAAAGUUAUCGGGUUAGAGAAAUAUGACGAGGUGGUGAUGAAAUUACAGAAGCGCCAUCUAUCCAGUAAAUAGUCAACUAAAUUAUUUUUGGUAGUCAAUGGCAACCAUUUAAAUAAAAUAAAUCAUUUAUUUAAAAUGUUUUUAAUAAUGCAAGCAAAUAGACAUACAAGUAAUGGGCCAUGUCGACCGCGUGUGUGUCGACGGCCAUCUGGCCAGCCCAUCGCAGCCGUCGGUCAACCGUCAGCAGUCCAAGGAUGGUUUUUACGGCGAGAAAAAUUAGAAUUAUUGCUGGAAAACCCCUAAAAAUAGCCCUUUUCUUUUUAAAAUAGCCCUUCCUAUAAUAUUUAUAAUAUAAUACUGAUCGUAUCCAUGGCAACCAACAGUGUUUUAUUAUUUUUAAAUAAAUAAAACAAUUCGUACGGCUUAAAAGGAUUUGACUUAAGUCAUAUCAAAUUUAAAAAAAAAAAAGUUGUCUGUUACCUAAUCUACUGAGUUUGCUUUUGUCAACUGUUACACGAAACAAAUUCGUAUAUCGUGUUUUGUGCAGAGUGUUUAGUUAGUUAGUGUUUGUUUAGUUCGUGAUUAGAGAAAAAAUAAUUUAUAUUUGAUAUGCCUCCUAUAAGACGAAGCAAUUUAGGUAGAAGAACCAGAAAUGCUUCAAACCAAGCUAAUUACCGAUCUAAAUUGUACUGCACAAGAACGUGACGACGGAAAUGAACGUGAAAGAAUUCGGAUAUCACAAACGUGUGGAGCGCGACAUUCAACUAAUAAUCGCGCAAGUUUGAAUCGAGCUGCUUUCAGUUACGAUGUGUCAAUUGACUACAGUAACUACCAAUGUGUUGUUAUUGGUUCUAUGAACUCGGUUUGCUCACACUGUAAGGCAUUAAAAUACAAAAACGAAGCCAAUGGAUUGUGUUGCGCAAAUGGUAAAGUGAAAUUGAUACCAUUGGAUCCACCAUCAGAACCAUUGUACUCAUUGGUUUCAGGAAUAGGAACAGAUUCUAUACACUUUUUGACAAAUAUCCAACAAUAUAACAAUUGCUUUCAAAUGACUUCAUUUGGGGCAACAAAUGUAGUUCGGGAAAAUUUUAUGCCAAUUUUCAAGAUACAAGGGCAAAUAUAUCACAGAGCAGGUUCACUGUUACCAGUGUCAGAUAGCGACAACAAAUUCCUGCAAAUUUAUUUUAUGGGCAAUUCACCACAAGAAAUUGAUCUGCGUUGUGCACAUAACAAUUUAGUAAAGAGGUCUAUUGUAGAACAAUUACAAACUUUAUUUCAUCAACACAAUCAAUUGAUUAUAUUGUUUAAAACUGCCCUGGAUCUGAUGCCAUCCGAUAAUCACAAAAUUGUAAUCAGAGCUGAUAAAACACCUGCAGGUCAACAUACAAGACGUUUUAAUGCACCAACUAUUGAUGAAGUUGCUAUCGUUGUAGUUGGAGAAAACUUGGAAUCCCGUGAUAUUGUUUUACAUCGUCGGAAUGAUCAAUUACAACGUAUAAAGGAAACACACCGCUCAUAUGAUGCACUGCAAUAUCCCAUUAUAUUUUGGCAAGGUGAAGAUGGCUACGAUUUCUCAAUAAAAAUGAUAAAUCCCAUCGCAGGUUCUGAAACCAACAAAAAAGUCAGUUCAAUGAACUAUUAUUCAUACCGCCUAAUGAUUCGGGAAAAUGAAAAUAAUCACAUAUUGAAAUGUCGGCGAUUAUAUCACAAAUAUGUUGUUGACAUGUAUGUUAAAAUUGAAACGGAGAGAUUAACAUUCAUCAGGUUGAAUCAAACCAAACUCCGAUCUGAAGAGUAUAUUCACCUUCGAGAUGCGAUUAAUACUGAUGGAAAUGCACAGAAUGUCGGUCGGAUGACUAUUCUUCCAGCAACAUACAUCGGAAGCCCUCGGCAUAUGCACGAAUAUGCUCAAGAUGCCAUGUCGUAUGUUCGUCAUUAUGGUACAGCAGAUUUGUUCAUCACAUUUACAUGCAAUCCGCAAUGAAAAGAAAUCAAUCAGGAGUUAUUCUCUGGGCAAUCACCCAUUGAUCGUCAUGAUAUUACAGCCAGAGUCUUUAGACAAAAGUUGAAAUCUUUAAUGGAUUUCAUCGUAAAACAUAAUGUGUUUGGUGAGACACGCUGCUGGAUGUAUUCUGUGGAGUAGCAGAAACGAGGAUUGCCACAUGCACACAUUUUGAUUUGGUUGGUUGAAAAUAUAAGGCCAAAUGAAGUUGAUGCAGUGAUAUCAGCUGAAAUCCCUAAUGUACAAGUAGAUCCUGGAUUGCAUGAGGUAGUUAUCAAAAACAUGAUACAUGGUCCCUGUGGAACUCUUAAUCAAAAUUCACCGUGUAUGA